AAUGGGGAAAACGCGCGCGGCAACUGCAGCAGCAGCGGCAGACGACGACGACACACACACAGGCACAUCGACCGCGAUCGUCAACCGUCACACACGCGCUUUGGUGUCGUACGCACACGCACACACACUCGAGUCAGCCGCUCCGCGUCGUCGAUCUUUUCUACGCACACGUACAGAUAAAAUAAUUUUUUAUUCGUCAUUUUUACUCGAUAUCUCGUCAAUAGUGCGUUAUUAUCGCGAUUUAAUUGACACACGAUAAAUACAUAAUAAAUCUGUGAUUUUUUUUCCGAGCGUGCGUAUUUUUUUUUUCGCGCGUUUUACCGACUGGGUUCAAUCGGAUCAAAAUAUCAAACUACACACGCAGACACAUCUGUCGUCUCGUUCGAAAUAGGUAUAUGCAAACGGUUUGAGUGAAAAAAACCGUAACAAUAACAUUAUAUAUACCGCAUACACGUCGUAUACAAUAUAUACGGAACCCGCGCGCACAAGUGUUUUUCUUCGCCGACGGACGUCAGAGUUCACGUGAAUAUCUUUUUUGGGGGCCGGUGAUGCGUGAUGGUCGGACCGCGCGCGUUAACGGUGAUGUUUUACGUGGCGGCUGCGUUGACGUUGGCUGCGGCUGCAGUGGCGGCGACGGCAGAGGCGCCGGAGUUUGUGGAGUUGACGACUUUUGACGUCGUCAACAACAACAACAAUAUCGAACACAGCAACAACAAUAACAACGGCAGCGAGAACAGCCACGACGACCGGCGGCCGACGACCGGGCCACCCGGCUUGGUUGACCAAAAACCGCCGCAGCAACAACAACCACAGCCCAGGAGGUUCAGACACGAGGCGUCCGCGAUCAGAGUCAUCUAUCAGACAGGGAGCUCGGAGGAAGAGUUGCCGGUGUGCGAAAAGUGGGCGGUGUGCAGCAAGGUGGACAUGUAUCAAUGGCCGUGGGUGGAGAGGCAGUGCAGGUGUCCACCGGGCGUGCCGCCGUGCUCGCAAAUGCUGUCGCCGGCUGACGGGCACACCAUCACCGACAAAACGAGGCAGUUCAAGCUAUGCGAGCCCAUCAAGAUGUUGCCCAAAUGUCGUUACUUCCGCGACAUGGCGUGGACACUGCGCAGCGAGGGAAAUGGUACGCUGCAGACGGUGCACUGUCACUGUCCCAAGGGUUCGGUCGCCUACCUGCUGAAGCGGCAAGCGUACCAGACCGAGUCCAAACAGAUCGGUUACCAGUACUCGUUCGCAUGCUCCCCGCAGAGCAGGCUCCGGUGCCAGCGUAAGGAACCUUGCCGGCUGUUCACCGUGCGCAAGCGACAGGAGAUGGUGGACGAGGUGAACACCAACACGCUGUGCCAGUGCCCGCCGGAACACGCGUGUCCGUCCCAUCACACGGACGCGGGAGUGAUACAGAGUAAGAACUACUCGGAAGAGAACAUCCGGACGUACAGCGGAUAUUGUAUGCAACCAUCGGCCAACUAAACCAGCACCCACGUACCCUCGCUCAUACCCCUCCAGCCCUUAAACGGCCCGGCCACGUGGACAGUAACCGACCACGAAGGGAUCGUUUUUUUUUUUUUGAAAAAUUACUUUGAUUAAUAAAUUCGUCAAUAUUUUUGUCAUUACGACGAUAUCAUUAUAAACAAAUGAUGAUGAUACAUAAUAUAAAUACACAUUGUAUUCAUAUUAUUUAUUAUUCUUAAAAUUUUAUAUUUUCCGGUGGACAAAACGAAAUUACACGGAAUAUCACUCGAUUUCAACUAAGUAAGUAGGGACUCGAUUUCCGGAGGUUAUUUAGAUAUAUAUAUUUCUCUUUGUUUUGUUGUAA